GAAUCAGUAUUCAAAAAAAGAAAAAAAGAAAACAAGAAAACAACCCGCGUACCAGAACGAGCCAGGCAAAGACGAGAUAUUAUGAAGACUUCAGAAAAGACCCCAGACAACACACUAGCAGCCCCAGACAAAGUAUCUACAGUACCUCAAAAGUCCCAGCAGGAGUCGAACGCACCGCAACUCCAGUCGCCUCAAAUGACCAUGGACUUGGAGGACCACGCCGCACAUGUUACAAGACCUCGGCCCCAACCACCAUCAAGACCACAGGUUCCUCCAGGGUACCAACCUACAGACACCAUGGCGAACGAAAGCAUCCUUGUGCCCACCAAUAUUGGCCUGACAGGCUAUGUAAGCGGACAUGUCGAUGCAGUCGAGGAAGAGUUACCCGACGAGUUCUUUGACAACGACACAUCUUCCGAAGCAGAACUGCGGCAAGCGGCCGUUGCAGCCUGGGCAGAUUCGCCGGGGACCGCCACCGAUGUUGUCAAUCAAAGCUCUGAUGAUUUUGGUGAUGAUGUGGACGACAUCAGGGACGACGAAGAGGACGAAGAGGACGACGAUGACAUUGAAGAGGACGAGGACAAUUUCUCAGAUGACACAGGCGACACCGACGAGCUGCAGGAGGCACGCACCAAGGACUACCAUUAUAGCAGAGCCGCUCAUCAUGGGCCAUACCUCAAAUCGCGUCGGCAAACGGAACAACUCAGAAAGAGCCACGGUCGAUCAGCCGCAUUACGAAAACGACCUUUGAAAUUGAGGACGAUUUCAGGCACAGGGCCGCGCACGGACUCGAUAGUAAACCCAGGCGUUACCUAUUCGCCGGUCCAGGACGCGACAACAGAGUCCAUCUCAUCCGAGCAGGUUUUCACGCAGACUUGCGAAGAAGUAACGGACGUUCUACACCAAGGGCUGCUGCAACAUGGAAUUGACAUUGUCAAAAACCUGAUCGAAUAUAACAUCGAAUGGAGGAGAAAGAAGGAGCAGCCUCAGGGCUGCCUGUAUACACCAAACCAACUUCGCGUCCUCGAAAACGAAUUCUUUGGUCUUUGGGCCAAAAUGUUGGUAGAGCGGAGGGCUAGCACGCACACCGUCGCGAUUGUGAUGUUUCUGAAGGAUUUUAUCCAGCUGGGCUGCCUUAUCGUGGAGCAAGAAAACACGCUGUCGGAACUUUACGCGCAGAUCAUGAACGCCAUAUUUGAGCAGGGUGAACUGGAGAUCUACAAGCGCAACCCAAAGCGACCAUCCAGGCUUGCUCAUAUUGAAAGAUUGACCAGGUUCGAAGAUUACGCAUCGGAGUAUGGACCCGAGGAUGACGAAGUGCCUCAGUUGCAGGUUGAGUUCCAAAGGCUGUUUUCUGGACUGGGUGGACUAGAGAUUUGCAUGAAGGCGAUUGAGUACCAUCUGAAUAAUUCCGAACAACCAGAAGUUAGACUAUUGAACCUGCAGCUCAUGCUUGGAUUGAUCUCAAGGAUCCCGGUAUCAGGAGAUUCGGAGCACUCACAAAUUUCGAAGCUGUCAGACCUUUCUAGGCGUCUGGUCGCAGCGGUUCUUGCGGUUUUUCCGGACCACGCAGACAGCUUCAGGUUUGUGAACAAAACAACGGUGCUUGAUAUCAUUUCCCAAGUCGGCUGCUUUCUUUUGGAAAAUUAUCGCCUGCAGGGUCUGCACUCAAAUGCUGUCGUGGAACAGGAUACGGGUUAUGGAGAGUACGGUAUCCAGGAUCAAAUGUCCCUCUCCAACUUGGGUGAAGUCAAGUUCGCAGAUUUCAGACUGGAGAUGGCUGUCCGUUUGAUGAAGACAAGUCGUUUGGAUUUAAGGCUAGCUGGCUUGAUCGAGUUGAAAGAGGUGCUCGUCAGGAUCCAACGACUCCAGCAGGGUCGCUCACGCCUGCAUAGACGAUCUGAGGCGGACAUGGAUGUACAGAUGGAAAUGGAUCGGAAACCUAUUGAGCACCUAUGCUCUAAGCUGCAGAGCAUGCGCAUUAUGGGAUGUAUCUUUGGAUCCAAUAUUCAUCUGGAAAUCGUUCAACGGAGUACAGAUGUAUUAGUAUUUCUUGUUCAAGCGCGGGUGCUCACGAUCGAUGACAUUGAUCUCAUAUGGGCGAGCGUUGGGGGUAAUCAACACCCAUCGAUUGUCCAUGGAGUGUAUCAAGUCCUCGGAGAACUAUGCAGUAAAUUACCUCAAGAGUUCUUGCGCAACUUGUUCAUCAAAUUGCAGGCUGUGGCGCUGGACAGCUGGGACCUGCAGUUGGUAGAUCUUGCGCGAUCUCAAUUUCUAGCCAUGGUUCAGCGUGCGAAAUACAAUCCUGAGGAAGGGCCCAUUUCGUUGAUCCCAUAUGAAACCCUUUUGAACGUCCUCAGAAACUCAACCCCGCCAUUCGAUACCCACGAGGAUCCUUCAUUUAGUGCCACAACUCCAAGUAACAGAAAUGUAAUUGCAGCCAUUGCGCAGCUUCUCAAGGAAGGACUAGGAGUGGGUCCUCUUCCACAAGAUCGCAUGAAGCUAGUCGGUCGCUGUAUGCAGGACCUCAAAUCGAAUCAUCCAGGAGCCAUUUGGAGUUUGCAAGUGGUACAGCAUAUCUUUGAGAGCCAUUUUAUCAACAACGAGAGCGGAAGUUUGCAGUUUUACAAACAGGCAUGCUCUUCUCUACCGGAGCUAUAUAUUUCAAACUUGAAGGCAUACACCGUCGCCCUGAAAGCGACCCCUCCAGCUGUUAGUCCAACAGCGUCCUCAUUCGCACAACUCUCCACGCACCAUCUCUCACAGGAGUAUUGGCGAGGUUUACAGCUCAAGAUACGGCUCGACUUUCUGAAAACAAUCGCUAGGAUAUUCCCUGUCUACUGGAACUCUCCUGAUUUGGCAGAGACACUCUGGAGUUGUCUCAUAGUCGAUCCCAUCAGUAUUCAGGAGCAGGACGAGACCUUUGCAUGCCUGGAGGGAAUAGCAGAGCCUCAAUUUGUCGAGUAUAUCUACGAGAUUCUACUGCCAGGGCUGGAAGUUGCAGCAGUAACACAAAAAGCAUGGCAAUGUAUCAAACAAUACUUUCUUCUUCUCAAUUGGCAGAAGAGAAACCUGGUGGUGGCAACUGAUCCGUUAGUUGAUGGUUCGCAAGCUAUCGUUGUUCUUGCACCCUUAUACGGUAUGGACCUGAUAUGGGAAAUUGCCCUUCAGGCAAGACUGCCAGCCGUAGGAGCGAAUGCAAUCGACCUCUUAUCUUCGCUAUGCAAGGCGCAUAGCGGCCAAGAGGAGAGUGGCGCGCUUGAGGAGAUCUAUGAGUUCCGUGAAGGGCUUGUCGAAACUUGCAUCGAGCAUUUAGUUCGCUCGUCGGAUCAAUUGGGAGGCGAGGACACAAUGGAUAUGCCAGACGUUUCAUUGGUCUUUGAGCGCUGCAUCGGGAUUUUAAAAGCGUUCCUUUUAGCAUGUAACGCAGAGCGGAGCGAUGGUGCAACCAGACUUGAAAUACAUGGGACCUUGGAUGAAGAUGCUAUGCUUACUAUCAGAGUCAGCUCAAAUUUACCACAAUUCCAAGUUUCGAUUCAUCCCUCAGCAACACUGGCAUCUUUGAGAAGAAUGAUCGCGACUAAACUUGGCUGCUCUGAACCGGAGGACGUUCGCCUUUUCUCGCUCGGCAAGGACUUUGCGACCGCAUGGGACAGUAGGACGCUCGAGGAACUACACAUUGAUAAUUGCCAGUCGAUUCUCGCAUCAAAGCGUCCUCAGUCAGCUAUCUCACUCCGUCCCACUCCAACAAUGAAACGAGUGCCCACAGACCUACUAUUACAGCCCAGCUUCUUCGAAAGGGUACGCCGGAUUUUCUUGCUUGAGGAGAGGUACGCCUCGCAAGCCUGGGAGGUGGUAGUUCGACUUCCGACUAGUUCGGUUCUUCUUCAUUCGCUUGAGAGUCUGCAGGAAGAUGUCGACUGGACAACCGUACUGGAUGCACGAUCCCCAUUCUUGCUGCUCUACUCUUUGCAAAUUGUCAACUGUUUGAUCAAACGAGAUCAGUGCUUUGAGGACCCUGAGAAACAAAUUUGGAUAAAGCGAUUCCUCAGACUUGGCGGUCAGCGACAUUUGACGGCGUUGCUCAUGUCUGAAUCUGGUUUAGGUGCAGCAAAUACCAGCCCAAUAGCGAGGAAGGCGUUAGCCCUGAUGUUGAAGGUUUUGGUCCGAUUGACGAGCUCGGCAGAAAUCGAGUCUGGUAUGGCCACGGAUUCGAAUGGACCAACUGUCCCAGAGUUCUUGAACAAAUUGGUGCAAGAGAUCCUUACGUCUGCUUCUCGGACUGGCGGCCACGAUACAAAUGAUCAAAGUAUCGUCCUCAACGCUGCAGGCCUCAUUUCUUACCUUUGUGCAGGCCCGCAGGGUUGGCAUCACUUUCAAGCUGGGUCCGAUAUUCGUUCUUUGAUUUUCGUGUCCAUGAUCCAGAGCGAGUCGAUGCAGAUCAGACAAACCGUCCUCGAAAUGGGCAAAAAGUUUUGCUCGCAAUUUAAAAACCCCGUUUCAGCAGAUGUGUCGCCAAUCAUGUUUUUCCUUGACAUACUCCAGUCAUUCUUGCCCGUAUCCAAGGAGUAUGAAAGCAACUGCUCUGAGCUCUUUGAGUUUUUUGAGAUCAUUGCAAGGGAGGCUGUCAAUUACUGCUCCGAGGAUCGCUUCAAAGCUUUGUACACCAGACUGAUGGAGACUAUCAUCGGCCAUUCAUCGUCCGAGGACAUGUCCAUGCAAAAGGACGACACGAUUCUCAUCGGCAUGCUGAGGGUGGCAUCAGCCAUGAUCAACACGGAUGCAAGGCUGAAGCAGCUGUAUACCAAUUUCAGAAUUAUCGACUACAUUAUGGAUGAUUGUCUUUUUCCACAAGGAUCACACUUUUCAGAUACUGUCGACGCCACUACUCUCCAAGUUGCCAAGUGCCAAAGUGAGGGAUCUCGAUCUGCUGCGUUUGAGUUUUUGGAGGAGUCGGCCAAGGGCGAGCCGGAAACUUUACGCCAUAUUAUCAUGAAGACCCGCAAUCAAUUUGCGAGAGAAUCCGAGAUAGAAGAUCAGUGGGGCUAUGAUCCACAAAUGAUCAAGAAGGCUGGUUGUGGAUUUGUAGGACUCCAGAAUCUUGGCGCGACAUGCUAUGUAAAUUCAAUCAUCCAGCAGUUCUUCAUGAACAAGGAGUUCAGACACGGAAUUUUGGAUGCUCCUGUCAGCGAGGAUGACCCGGGGAGACAUGACACACUGUUGUAUCAGCUUCAGGUACUAUUUGGCCAUCUACAGCAAAGUAUUAAGCGCGCCUACAACGCACACGGGUUCUGUUACGCCUAUAAGGAUUGGGAUGGAAACCCGAUGAACGUUGCUGUGCAAAUGGACGUGGAUGAAUUUUUCAAUAUACUCUUUGACCGCUUGGAGAACAGCGUGAAGAGCACCCCGCAAGAGUUAUUGUUCAAGCAGCAGUACGGAGGCAAACUCGUUCAGCAAAUCAAAUCAAAGGACUGCGAACAUAUAUCGGAGCGCGAAGACAGUUUCUUUUCCAUCCAGUGCGAGGUCAAGAAUAAGAAGACACUGGAGGAAAGUCUUCAGCUCUAUGUGCAAGGAGAGAUCCUGGAUGGAGACAACAAAUACAAAUGUUCCAGCUGCGAUAAACAUGUCGAUGCAAUCAAGCGUGCAUGCAUCAAGGAGCUUCCUCAAAACCUCAUACUGCAUUUGAAGCGAUUCGACUACGAUAUGGACACUAUGCGUCGCAUCAAAAUCAAUGACCGCUUCGAGUUUCCUACGCGACUUGACAUGGAGCCUUAUACCCUCGACUACCUGACUCGAAAAGAGCAGGCGCAAGAAGGAGCCGGCGGAUCGCCUGUGGCGUAUAGCACUGGAGGACAGGAGAACGCGGGUGCGUUUCAGUACAAUUUAGUUGGUGUUCUUGUACACACUGGGACGGCGGAUUCAGGACAUUACUACUCUUAUAUCAAAGACCGGAGCUCAGAUAUCCCGUCAGGAUCAUCUCUGGGCUCUACUUACGGCGAAAGAACGCGGUGGUUAUUCUUCAAUGAUUCGAAGGUGGAGGAAUUUGAUGCCAAUGAGAUCCCUGCGAAGGCUUUUGGUGGCCCUGAGUACAUACCGCAGGAAUCAUCACCGUACUUAAAGUCCCCUCCAAGAUCGACCACAAAGCCGUACAGUGCCUACAUGCUGUUUUACGAACGCGUCGAUCAUCGGACACAAGAGCCGCACGAAGGCAUGUCUGGGAAUGUCCCGGUCGAUAUCGAGGGUGUCGUGGCGAAGGAAAAUGCUGCUCUAUUGAAGGACUUGGUGGUGUUCGAUCGGCAGUACUAUCGCUUUAUCUGGGAGCUCUUCAAUCUGUACCGGACAUUCCCUCAGCAAAUCGACAAUGAUGACGAAGGAGCGGCCAUGGCAGAACCUCUGGAUUAUCUCUCGAUGCAGUACGGAUUGGAUUUCUUCUUUUCUGUGUUAAUUCAUGCUAGAGACGUUGACCAGGAACUUCAACAGUGGACACGCUUUCUGUCUUCGCUUCUUGCGCAAUACCCUAAAGGAUGCGCAAACUUUCUGCGGAACUUGGCCGACAACCAAACCCUCUUGUCGAACAUCCUCCUCCUCUGUCCGAUUACGCAGGUUCGCGAAGCGGUGGUCGAUCUGAUCUACGACGCAUUUCAUGAUUUACGGGAAUGCGAUAAAGUCGAGUACGGCCUGACGGUGUCACUAGGUAGCGGAGCGUUGAUUGAUACGACUGUCGAUUCAGUCGAGGACGACAACUUGAUCUGCAUACAUGGAUCGCCUGUUCACUUGUUUAUUCAGACGCUUCUGAGAAUGUUAUCUGAGGCGCGUGCAAACUGGCGAAACUUUGACGAAUACUUCAAACUCAUGUACAACAUUACGCAACUGGGUCGAGCGGAGCGUGUUCUGAUGGCUCAGGAAGGAUAUCUUACGGAUCUUGCCGAGUUUUACACCUUUGAUGAGAGGACUGAUUCCAAGAAGAAGAAGAUGGGUGACAAGUUCACGAAGCCAUCGUUCCAUUACCUUCUCUUGACAAUUCAGGAAGUUCUCACUACUUGCGACAUUAGGCGAUCAUGCGAGGCACUUCAAAGACGUACCCAAGUACAGGACUCUGCUCAUGGCCCUGUUGGCAAUAAUGCAUACCGAAAAUCUUCGAGCUCCUCCUCAUCGACAUCUUCGGUUCUCUCAAGCUCGAAUUCAGACGAGGUGGCCGUGGAGGAUGACAUGCACAUCCCAAGUGUAUCGCCUGAGUUGGGACGAAGUGUCAUUAUUUCAACCGCGGAUUUCAACGCCCUUUUCGCCAGUACCGGGCCAUCGUUAGCAUCUGAAAGAUCCUUGAUCUUUUUCACCAAAAUGAUUGCGGAUAGAACCGACAGCGCUAUCAUUGCCAGAAUGGUGACCCAUUUGUCGAGCCACGAAGUCACCGGACAACGUCUUUUGGCGUCGCUGUCAUCGUAUCUUCAAUAUGCGAGCGAAGACCAGUUCACAAUCAUCAUGCAGGUCUUCAAGGAACUAGUUCAGGUGGUGGACGAAAACUUGGAAGCGCGGGUUGAAUUCAUACUGGUGCAGCUUCUCAAGGUGCUUGAGCGAUCGCCGCAGCCAUCGAUCGCGUACGACUGCCUUGAAUUUUUCCGAACGAUAUCCGAUUACGGCCAGUGCGGUCGGUCCGCGCAGGGCUGGUUGCUACGAAACAACCGUAUGUGGCUCCAGGAGCUUUUGCUCAUGCAGACGGAGCCUGAUACGCGUUUGCGUGCCCGGUCGUUUUUCAUGGAGCUCUUGAGUUCGGAGCGAGCAUUCAACGGCUGGAGCGAUGAUCAGGCGGCCGUUGCCUCGGCACAGCACUUUGGCAGAUUAUUGGAGCUAUUGAAGGUCAUUCCUGAUAUACUCUCAUA